CUAACAUUCAUUCACUGCCACUUCCUUUCCCACAGAGACUGAGGAGAGGCCAUGAGGCAGAGCAAUCAGUACUUGCUGGCCGACUUCCUUCUGGAAGGACUCUUUGAUGACUCCCUCACUCACGUCUUUCUUUUCUCCUUGACUAUGGUGGUCUACCUUGUUGCUGUGAGUGGCAAUUCCCUUACCAUUCUCCUCAUUUGUGCUGACCCACGUCUCCACACCCCCAUGUACUUCCUGCUCAGCCAACUCUCUCUCAUGGAUCUUAUGUACCUCACCACGACCAUCCCCAAGAUGGCUGCCAACUACCUCACAGGCAAGAAGUCCAUCUCCUUUGUGGGCUGUGCUACUCAGCACUUCUUCUAUUUGUGUGUGGGAAGUGCUGAGUGUAUUCUUCUGACUCUCAUGUCCUAUGACCGUUAUGUUGCCAUCUGCCAUCCUCUGCGUUAUGCUGUUCUCAUGAACAAGAGAGUGGCUCUGAUGAUGGUUGUCACGUCAUGGCUGGGAGCUUUCAUAAAUGCUCUUAUUCAUACCUUGAUUUUGAUGCACUUUCCUUUUUGUGGGUCUCACAAAAUUCACCACUUCUACUGUGAGUUUCCAGCUGUUGUGAAGUUGGUAUGUAUAGAUAUCACUGUUUAUGAGAAGACAGUUUAUAUCAGCAGCAUUCUGCUUCUUCUCCUUCCCAUCCUUCUGGUCUCUACAUCCUAUAGCUUUAUCCUCCACAGUGUCAUUCAAAUGCGAUCUGCUGGGAGUAAGAGAAAUGCCUUUGCUAUUUGUAGUUCUCAUCUUACUGUAGUUUCCCUUUGGUUUGGUGCUGCCAUUUUCUCAUAUAUGAGACCCAGAUCCCAGCGCACUCCACUGCAAGACAGGGUUGGUUCACUGUUCUACAGCAUCAUUACUCCAACACUUAAUCCUCUGAUUUAUACUCUUAGGAAUAAGGAUGUAGCCAAGGCACUGAGGAAAGUGCUGGGGAGAGAUGUGAUUAGUCAAAGACGCUAACUAUUAUACCUUUCUUUGAGAGCUUGAUUGGGACAAUUUCAUGAAUUGUUCUGGACAAUGCUCUCAGAUUUCUUGAGUCCUGAUGUCUAAGUUUUUUAGACUUUUCA